AUGGAUGCGUAUUAUCUCUUUGCUUCGAGCGUUGCCGCCCUUGCAGCUCGUGUAUGCACCCACCCCAUCGAUACUAUCAAGACGCGAUUGCAAGUGAGGAGCACCAUUAACGACCAUGGAUUGGCAAGUCUCAAACAAGUCAUUGUCGAGCCUUCAGCGUCUCAUCAGCCAGCUGCAGUGGUGCGAUCGUUGUAUCGAGGACUACCAGUGACAUUGCUAUUUUCAGUGCCUGCGCUUUCAGUAUACUUGACGUGUUACGAGACGACGAAAGCAUACCUUCACCAGCACGGGGGACAACGUGGAUAUCUUGCGCAAGACGGGAUGCUCAAUCAUCUUGCUUCAGGAUGUGCAGCUGAAGUGGCUGCUGGUACGCUGUUUACACCCAUGGAAGUGAUCAAGAACCGGUUACAGACACAAAAGACACAAUCAGCGGCAUCGAUGGCUCGCCAGAUUUGGAAAACGGAAGGCAUUCCCGGAUUUUUCAGAGGUUAUUGGAUGGGUCUGGCUGUGUUCGUACCCCACACAAUGACCUAUUUCGCCGCUUAUGAAGAAUGCAAGAUGGCAUACGCACGUUACUUUUAUGACAAGAACAGCCGAAGCGAGAAUACCGAUGCAGCUCAUUUACCAUUGAAUGCUUAUCUAUUAUGCUCUGGUGUGGCAAGCGCUAUUGGCAUCACUCUAUCAACACCCCUCGAUAUCGUCAAAACACGAUGGCAGAUUUCAGCAGCAGAACAAGGUGCCGAAUUUCGACAGGGACCCUUGGUUAUUGUCAAGCACAUGUGGCAACGAGAGGGUAAAUGGCGUGCUUUUACAAGAGGCUUGGUUGCUCGAAUUGCUUGGGGUAUUCCUACUACAGCUAUCAGCAUGACUGUAUUUGAAGCACUCAAAGAUUGGAGGUCAAACAAGCGACAAGAAGAACAGUAG